GAUGGGGAUUAUGCCCUGCCGCGGGUUACACUCGACUCCCCGCAGGCGCGCGUCUGCGAGAGCCUGAAAGCAGACCUGUGCGCGGCGCCCGUGCAAAUACGGAAACGUGGGUGUUUUUGUCCGCGGCAGUGCGUUCGCGCAAACGUUCCAUUUUAUGCAAGCCUUCGUUUUGGCGUGUUUGCCUUUUCUUCUCACAUUCCACCUGAGAGCUCCGGCUCUCAGGUGGAGUAAUUUUGUUCGCGUCUGAAGCGUUCCUGCCUGGACCAGGGUACCUUAGCGCACCCCCGAGUCCACACGACCCCUCCGCCCCGAUGGUGGUAGCGCCCACCUCACCCGGAAGUGCUCGCGUCCCCGCGCGCCGGUGCUGCCUCAAGGCCGGACAUGGAGCGACCGCACAGUCCUAGCCGCUCGGUCCCGACUCCCGCGCUCACGAGCUCAGCCCCGGCCUCGGUGACUCUGGCGCAGCUCCUGCAGCUGAUCCAGCAGGGCCGGGAUCUCCCUGGCCUGGAGAGACGCCACAUCGCGGCGACCCAUGGCGAACCCACGAGGUCUCGGCUCCGGCGGAGGCCCAAGCCCUGGGAGGCCGCAGCUCUAGACCCGGGGCCAGGGGCCUCGCCAACCCUUACAAGAGGACGGGCUCCAAGCAGAGCCUGGCUCGGCGGAGGCAGCGACUUCACCUUUUUAAAUGGCACACCGAGGAUUCCUGGGGAUCUAUUCAGUGGGGAUUUGGAAGGCGUGGCUGCAGGACCCUAGAUACCGACAACUCUUUCAGGGAUUCUCUGGAAGUGUCUAACCUGGACUUACUCCUCUUGGGACAAUUGGGAUUGUCCCGUGUUCGCAUAUUUCUGGACCAGAAUCCUCAGUAAAAAGAAAAAUCUU